AAGACCCACCAAAGUCGGAGAACGGUCUGCGCCGCCGCCGGGCCAAGAAGAUGGCGGUCCUAGCACCUUUGAUUGCCCUGGUGUAUUCGGUGCCGCGCCUUUCACGGUGGCUGGCUCGACCUUACUACCUUCUUUCAGCCCUGCUCUCGGCUGCCUUCCUACUCGUGAGGAAGCUGCCCCCGGUCUGUCACACUCUCCCCACCCAACGCGAAGACGGCAACCCAUGUGACUUUGACUGGAGAGAAGUAGAGAUCCUGAUGUUUCUCAGUGCCAUUGUGAUGAUGAAGAACCGCAGGUCCAUCACUGUGGAGCAACAUAUAGGCAACAUCUUCAUGUUUAGUAAAGUGGCCAAUGCCAUACUUUUCUUCCGCCUGGAUAUUCGUAUGGGCCUGCUUUACAUCACAUUCUGCAUAGUGUUCCUGAUGACAUGCAAACCUCCCCUGUACAUGGGCCCUGAGUACAUCAAGUACUUCAACGAUAAAACCAUUGAUGAAGAGCUGGAACGGGACAAGAGGGUCACUUGGAUUGUGGAGUUCUUUGCCAAUUGGUCUAAUGACUGCCAAUCAUUUGCUCCAAUCUAUGCUGAUCUCUCCCUCAAGUACAACUGUACGGGACUAAAUUUUGGGAAGGUGGACGUUGGACGCUAUACCGAUGUUAGUACACGGUACAAAGUGAGCACAUCCCCUCUCACCAAGCAGCUUCCUACCCUGAUCCUGUUCCAAGGUGGCAAGGAGGUCAUGCGGCGGCCACAGAUUGACAAGAAAGGACGAGCUGUCUCUUGGACUUUCUCUGAGGAGAACGUGAUCCGUGAAUUCAGCUUGAAUGAAUUGUAUCAACGGGCCAAGAAGCAAUGGAAGGCGGGAGAUAAUAUUCCUGAGGAGCAGCCUGUGACCCCAAACCCCAUGGCAGUGCCAGACGGGGAAAGCAAGAAGGACAAAUAAGCCCCCUGCCUUGUUAGUGCUUCUUCUCUGGUCAAUCCCAGGCACAUUUGAAGCCCUGCCCUUUCUGUAAUCACAGCCUUGCUUGAGGUCUCACCUUUUAUUUAUGUUUUCCCUGUUCGGCUGUGCUGGGUGCGGCCCGGUGCUGCUUCUGAUUUUCAAGAAGCAUUCAGGGAAUUGACAGGCACGCUCCAGGAAGACCAGUGUUGUGGCCAACUACUUCGGUGGAGGGAGGGAGAGGUCUCAUAUAAUGGAGGGGAAAUGCUUUCCUUCCAAGCUUGGGUCACUGUCAAGUGCUGCCCAUCACUCACACAUCUCCACCAUGCUCUGGUUUCUAUAUUCCUUACAGACUCCACAGACUUCUUACAGUAGAUUGAGCCUAACAUAAGAUGCCAGGGUACAGAGUCUGCACUAAAAUUUUCCCUCAAGGACCCUUGCUGCUUUAGGCUCUUCUGGAUUGGUCUGUGGCCUUCAUUAAAGAUUAUAAACGUAA